AUGCCUUUAUCCGAGCCCCGCCAAAUCAAGAAACCCCGGCUAUCGCUCAGUUGCAUCGUCUGCCGACGACGCAAGGUUCGCUGCGGUCGCGAGCAGCCAGAAUGCGCCAACUGUGUGCGCAUGAAAGAGAAUUGUGUCUACAGGGCUAUGGUCCGUGACGAAUCCACCGGCCGUGUACGACCAGUAUCACCGCAAGACAAAGACUCCAGAGACUCUACAUCGGAUGCCCGCCAAGACCUCCCCUGGCCGCAUUGGGGUCGAGACACCAAUGCUCCAUAUCCCGAUAAGCCGUCCAGACCUCCUUCUCGUCCUCAAGUAUCCGCCAAUGCCAGUCCAUCGCCGCAACGACAAGAGCCAUACCCAACAGUCCCUUCAUGGGAAGAGGCUAUACAACUCCCAAGUUAUCGCGAUGCGAAUGCUCCUCCAAUUAAUGGUAGCUCGACAACUACCCGCGAUCCCUCCCCUGCGCCAUCAACAAGAUUAUUCCCGACCCCGAGUGACCCUCCGUGCCGCGAUUAUUUGAGUAUACGACGAGGUGGUCGCGUGCGAUACGUUGGUCAGACUUUCUGGGGGUUCGUCGCCGGAAAGGAAAGCCUGAGCGAUGAUUUCUUCGACGAAAACCGUCAUGCCCACCCCGAUCUCCCCCUUCCACAUAUUUCCUCGAUGGGGAUGUUCAAUCUCCUGCGGUCGCUGCCCACCAAGCCCGUUAGUGAUACCCUGCUAGAGACUUUUUUCCUUGCCGUAUGGCCACUUGUUCCUCUCCUACACCCGCCUUCCCUGCAGGCAGACUACGACGAGUUUUGGGAAUGGUGUCGGAAUAGCGAGAAUGCUUUACCCUCGGAUAAACUCCGCGAUGACCCGACCUUGAUCUGCCUGCUCUUUGCAGUCUUAUACUGUGGCGCAUCUGCCGCGCCGGCAGCCAGCUGGGUGAACACCAACCUGCAGGGUCUACAGAAGGAGACGACAGUGAGCCAUCUCAAGUCGGCAUAUACAACGAGUCUUUCUCUAUGUCAACAUCAGGAACAUCCAACGUUAAAUACGCUGGUUUCGAAUUUGCUGACAGGACCGUUUCUGGAUCGGCCCUUCGAGCCCAUGCGUAGCCUGGUUAACGUGAGCACCACGGUGCGCAUUGCCCAGACUAUGGGGUUGCAUCGGGAGGGAGCAGGGUCUGCGCUGAGUUCCGUUGAUCGAGAAAUCCGGCGCCGGGUCUGGUGGCACAUUAUUUGGCUUGAUGUGCAGUCGAGCAUCUCCACGGGGCUAACCCCCUGUUGCGGGAACGAGGCAUUGGACGCGGUGCGCAUGGUUAACACUGACCAUGUAGAGCCGAGCGAUAUCCCCGCUGGACUUUCCCCACCCAACGAGUUGGUGACUAACGGACAGUCGGUAGCCAUGCUAUAUGCUAUCGGACGCUUCCAGACUGCUCGCUUACAGGCGAGGAUCGUGGCGCACCUGCAGAGUGCGCAUGGUCCAAGCCAGGAUGGAUUUGGCAAGCUGAUCACAGAUGCCAAGGAGCUUCUGCAGAAGAUUGACUCGCUUAUCGCACGCGUUCCAACGCAGGGAAUCCCCGAAAUGGGAUACAUCCCAUCCCGCCUGGCGAAUGCGUCUCCGUCCACCCAACCCUUGUUGUACAAGGACGAUUCAAGCCAGCCAACCGUCUUUGCAGCAUGGACGCGAAUCAUGCUAACAUUGCUGAAAUCAGAAAUGGCUAUUUUAUUGCAGAAACCAUUUCUUCCACCGCCGGAUAGUGCGAACCCGCAAUCGCGCAAGUCAUGGACCAGUAUGGCGCAGCUCUGUGUGAAUUACCUGCGUAUCUACCUGCAGCUGUAUCAAGCUCCUGCCUUCUCCCCAUACGCGUGGUUCUGCUGCAGCCACUAUGGACCUCUCCAAUGCGUAUUCAUCACCCUAAUCUACCUCCAUUACUUCCAGCACUCUGGAGAGACCACGCUGGCCCGAUAUUGUGUUGAUGAGGUUAUACAUCACUGCGUCGCCCAGUAUCAAGCUCCAGAUCCUUCCUCGACGAGGACUAGCCCCGACGAUACUGAUUCCAAUGGGGGCAAAAUGCGAAUGCCAUUGGCCAUUCAGGUUCUCGUUGACCUUCACGAGCGGCUCGACUCGUCUCUCGGACCUGAAGACAGGGCUCCGCCACUAGACCUAAUCGAGUGUCAGGCCCGCUUUUCUAUGUCCCACCUUGCUACCAAGGCGUCCGACUUGCGCGCGACGUCCGACCAGCCCUCUUCUGAUGUAUCGCCUACCACUCGCACCCACCACAAUUGUGAGACGCCACCCAUAACCACCGGUGCUCCUCCAGUGGCUGCUGGUAACAAACCAGUCCCACCGAACAGCGUCUUUGUGGCUGGGAGUGACUCAGGCUUGGAUAUGGACUUCCUUGCUACGAUUUCGGAUCUUGAGGCCUGGUCCUCGUCAUUGAUUCUGGAAUCCGACAAUUUCCUCGCACGUCCUGAUAAUAUGACGCCUGAUCAUGCUGUAAUCACAGGGUUAGGCUCACAAGGUGCCGCGUUUGGUCGCCGUGGCCUGCCCGACGGACUCGAUUUUCCAGGGUAA